UACGUAUCGCAAGAUUAGGUUUACCACAUCAAAACGUGUGGGCCGUUUAGAUUAGUCAUUCGUCAUAACAUACAUAAUAGACGCUCGCUUUGCCAUUUUUUAAAAAAUACUCUUAAGAUUUUUAAACAUAUAUCUGCGUUGAGAUUAACGGUUAAAGCAGUAAGAUUGACUCGCAUUUCAAUUUUGAACCUGAUUUGGCAGAUCUCCUUGCCUAACGCGAGCGCAUUCGAUACUUCGAAUAUUCUAUAUUCUCGUUUGGUUUUAAGUGCGUCAAUGCCCAGCCAAAUAGCACGAAGUAUCUCUUUCAACGCUAACCAACUUCAACUAAAAAUAAAGCUUGUGUUCUCAUAUUUAAAGGAAUAGCGAACCAUUCUCGUUUCUCAUUUUGAUCUUUUGCUAUGACCCUCGAAUAUUUUUUUAUCCGUCUUUAAUUUUCUGAAUCCGUGGCUUAUUGGCGUGCCUGGCAGGUCAUUAAUCUUAAAUUAAUUCGAAGAAGAAGGUGCGCGCCAAGGUGGCUCCAGAAACCUUUUCCCGUCUCUAUUCCAACCAAUCAGAUCCAAGAAUGUGCAUCGCGGAUUGAAAUACAAAGCGGGAUGCCUUUCGCGGGAGCAAUACACCGACUAUUUCCAUCGUUGGACCAUUAAUCAAAGAGGCAGUUGGCCUUUGUGCUAGAGAGAUCAAUAAAUCUUUGGAUAGACUUACACAGGUUAAACAGGGUCACCCUUAUCAUGUGCAUUGUCUUAAUGUAAAGCGGAAACGGAAUAGGACCGAACCUUUACUACUUUAGGGUUUUUGUAAGUGACAUUUCGUUUCCAUUGGUGUGAUGUAAUACAAAAUGUCUGAAAGGCUUGGAAUGCCAUCCUAGAGGGCUGGUCAAACUGCUGUAACUGGUUUUGGCGGCCAAGCACCACCCCUUGUAUGUUUAGUUCCGAGCGUCUUUGGAAAAUUAGAGAUUUUCAACUUCAAAACUGCAUAGUAUUAGCCUAGAGUGUCGGUACUUGUUCAGAUAGGUAUAAAAAUGACACAGUAAACAUUCCUUCAGGCCAAAAGGCAAGAUCGUGCUUCUUAGCGUCUCAAGGAGUGUUCUAAUUGGCUAGGACAGAUCACGUGAGCCCUUGAGAAUGUCUUAUUAGCUCGUUUUGUCAUAAAUCACUAUUUUGAGGUUAAGAUGUCAGGCGCAUGUAAAUCUAAGUCGGCAAACAUGGAGCUCUCUACUUCUUAUGCAAACUCGGAGACAAUGCUGCAAAACUACUCGCAACAGCUGUGCCAAGCAAGAGAGUGCCAAAUUGGACAGGCUAAAAACUCUCGCGAUUGUUAUAUUGGACAAAAUGUGGGUGUAGUUGAGCAAGAGGGUGCGUAUCAAAGGCCUUGUGGGGCAUUAGAAGAGCCAAGUAAGAGCUCCAAUUUGUUAAGUGCAGUGAGAAUACAAGAGUAUUUGUUGGAGCCGAUGUACUCCUGGAUGAAGCCGAAGAAAGGUGAUCCAAAUCAGUUCGUUCGAACCUCAAAAAGGCAUCGCACAAGUUACUCCAACAAGCAGCUUCUCGAGCUGGAGAAGGAGUUCCACUUCAGUAGAUAUCUUUGUACAACUCGAAGGAAAGAAAUCUCCAAGUCACUUCAUUUGUCUGAACGACAAGUCAAAAUAUGGUUUCAAAAUCGUAGAAUGAAAUGGAAGAAAGACGAAAAGCUCAAAGGACAGCAAACUUUUCAAGCACAUUCCGACGAGAAUAUAGAUUUACGCUCGAUGUCGCAUAUUCCUCGAAUGCCUUCAUUUGAACAAAAUUCUCAUUACUUUUAAACUGGUGUAUUUUUGUUUCGUUAUAGAUUUGCAAGGCACAUUAGGGCUUAAACGCUAGCUUCAAGUUGUCUACAGUAGUAGUUUUGUGUGUUUUAUAUGUGUGGGAUUCUUUGUCUUGUUAGCGCAGAUCAUUCACCGCGUGCUCUCAACGUAAUCCGACCUCUAAUCACGUCAAGAAAAGACUAUUUGGCGCUCGCUUUUUAGACACUUCUUCCAAAGUCAACCCUAAUGAAAUUUAUAAUUAUAUUUAUUACCAACCCCUAUGUAUUUGUAUUGCUAUAGUUAAAUGCUAUACUUGUUUGUGUAUUACUUGGUAAAAGUGAUCAGUGGAUAUUUGAAAUGGCUGCCCAAAGAGCAGCGAUCUUCGCUACAAUAGCGAACGUUUAACUCAGUUAAAUACUCUAGCAUUUAAUGUGAAAAUAUAUACUUCAACCCAGAAUAAAUACUUCAGUUACAUUAUA